UGGUGGGAAAACUUAGUUUUUCUUGUCCUUUGUGCCCCUUAACUACCUCCCGUGGGUAUUUGUAGGACCAGCUUUCCCAUUCUUACUCCAUAUGCCCUCAGGGUGCAGCAGCGAACCACUUCCUUCUGGAUAGACGGCAGAGAACGACUGUCCCAAAUUAGCUGUUCCUUCAGGCAGGUUUGACAAAUGACAAUACUGGAAGCUUAAGUUCGGUACUUCCCAGUGGCCUCUCUCAGAUUUCUCUUGCUGCUCUUGCUCAUAGUCCUGCCUGAUUCAUUUCAUUUAAGGACCUUUCAAAGAGUUGCAGCUUUCCUUGCUCCCCAGGUAUUUUUUUAGGAGAAGUUCCUGUCCACCUCCCUUGAGACUUUAGCCCAGCCUUGAAGACUGCCUCUGAACCAGCCAUCCUGGGUGACAUUUCCAAUGGAUACUUACUCUGACACCAUGAUCUGAAGAUGACGAGGCAGAAGACCUUCCUAUGAAGGAGCCAGCUAUCUGGUGGAGAAGUUCCUCCCCUGGGAGAUGGCGUAUGGUAGUUUUAUUUUCAGGAAGUCUAGCUAAGCUAGUGUCCAAAGUCUUCCCGCACCAGAAUCACUAGGUUGCUUUUUCUUUUCUUUUUUCUUUUUUAAGAUUGUAUUUAUUUAUUUGACAGAAUGAGAGGGAGAUCACAAGUAGGCAGAGAGGCAGGCAGAGAGAGGGGGGGCAGUAGGCUCCACACUGAGCAAGGAGCCAAAUGCGGGGCUCAUCCCAGGACUCUGAGAUCAUAACCUGAGCUGAGGGCAGAGGCUUAACCCACUGAGCACCAGGCGCCCCUAGGUUGCUUUUUCAAAUGCAGAUUCCUCGACCCCACCCAGACCCAUUAAAUAAGACUGUAAUGGACAGACCCUAGGAGUCUACAUUUUUAACUUGAUUCUUUUACACCUUGAUUGCAACAAAGGGCUCAGGCUGAAAGUCUAGGCCAAUUUCAUACCACCUGGUGUGGGGACUCUGUAUUUAUAAGGGCUUUGGCUAGAGAAAUCAGCUAGAAGCCUUCACACUAGGCCCCACGUGACAGGCGCAGCCUCAGAGGUCAAGCUCUGUAGCUCCGCCUCCGCCAUCCCAGCUCCUGAGAAUAGUUUCCUGGGCCAGAAGUGCCUCUGCAGGCUGUCCUGGCCCUCAGCCCCAAUAUAAGCUGCAAAGAGUAGCAAAGGCUCCUGGGAAAGUAUCGACUCUGCCUCCAAAUUGAGGGCUAAAGGGAAAAAUGAGUGUAAAGAGCCCAUUCAACUACACUCUUAUUUUUUCCAUAAAUGAAAAGGCUGGUGGGGAUAUGUGGGAACUCUGUACUUUCCAUUCAACUUUACUGGGAACCUAAAACUGCUGUAAAAAGUAAUGUGUACACACACACACGCACACACAGGGAUGCUGCUUUCUAGAGCUAGUAAAGCAGGGGUGUGAUAGGAAACCGUUUGGAUGCGGUGGACAGGACAUGAGGAAUGGUGACUUGGUAAGCCUAGACAUCACACAGAACCUUCGGUGAGUUACUAACCCAGUGGUCUGGCCACUUCCUUCCACUUUAACUGUUUUCUCUUCAACACGGUCAUGGUGUCAGCAUCUCUGGUCUCAGAGCCCAAGGCUCUGCGGUUCAGAGUUCGUGAUCCGCCCAGGGUCACCUCCAUCCUGAGAGAGUAGCACAGCCAGAAGUGACACCCACACCCUCCGGCCUCUCAGCCCUGGCUCCCCUCCACUGUGGCUGCCUCUCACUCCGCUGGUGCUUUAUCUCCGAGGCAGGGGAGCACUCAGAGGGCCACAUGCCGACCUCACCUAAAAAUAGCUCACAUUUAUGGAGCACUUAGCCACAUUCUGCUAAGCACUUUACACAGAUUGCCUCUUGUAAUACGACAACCCUGUGGUCCUUAUCCUCUCCGUUUUGCAGGUGAGGAAGCAGACCUAAGAGAGUGACAUGUGGCCAGUCACACCAGCUAACUGGUGAUGGAGCCAAAGUGAAAAUCUCCCGCUGGAGCCCAGCCUUGGGGUGGCCCAGCAUGGAGGCAGUCACAGCUCUGGAGGUGCCCUCGGGAUCCACACUGAAGGUGAAAGAAACGCGCACCGCUGAUGCUGAAGGACCCCCCGCUUCAUCUCGACAAGAGUCCAGCAACCCCAUUCCCCAGCUCCUGCCCCAUAUAGAAGAGCACCCCAAGAUCUGGCUACCUCGGACCCUGAGGCAGACCUAUAUCCGGAAGGUCGGAGACACUGUGAACCUACUGAUCCCAUUCCAGGGCAAACCCAAACCUCGAGCCACCUGGACACAUGAUGGCUGUGCCUUGGAUGCCAGCCGUGUGAGUGUGCGGAAUGGGGAGCAGGACUCCAUCCUCUUCAUCCGAGAAGCCCAACGUGCUGACUCGGGUCGCUACCAGCUCAGUGUGCAGCUGGGAGAGCUGGAGGCCACUGCCACCAUUGACAUCCUGGUGAUCGAGAGGCCAGGCCCUCCUCAGAGUAUCAAGUUGGUGGACGUUUGGGGCUCCAAUGCUACUCUGGAGUGGACACCUCCCCAAGACACGGGCAACACAGCACUCCUGGGAUACACCUUGCAGAAGGCUGACACAAAAUCUGGGCUGUGGUUCACGGUGCUGGAACGUUAUCACCGCACCAGCUUCACAGUCUCCAACCUCAUCGUGGGCAACUCCUACGCCUUUCGAGUCUUUGCUGAGAACCAGUGUGGGCUCAGUGAGACAGCCCCCAUCACAGCCGACCUUGCCCACAUCCAGAAAGCAGCAACUGUCUGCAAGAUCGAGGGGUUUGUGCAACGAGAUUUCUCUGAAGCCCCGAAGUUCACCCAGCCUUUGGCGGACUGCACCACAGUCACCGGCUAUGACACCCAGCUCUUCUGCUGUGUCCGCGCUUCUCCUAAGCCAAAGAUCAUCUGGCUGAAGAACAAGAUGGAUAUCCAAGGCAACCCCAAGUACAGAGCUCUCAGUCACCUGGGAAUCUGUUCUUUAGAAAUCCGCAAGCCUGGUCCCUUUGACGGGGGAAUCUACACCUGCAAGGCGGUUAACCCCCUGGGGGAGGCGUCUGUGGACUGUCGGGUGGAUGUGAAAGCUCCUCAUUGAGGCUCCCCAAGAGGAUUAGGGCAACUCUGACAAAGGAAGCCCAGCGGUGGUGAGACUGUGUUCUCAAGGAGCUCCAGCACAGCGUCUGCUUUGGACUAAUCUAAAUAAAUGUGUGGAUCCUCA